AGAAACCGCGUUGCUAAAUAUAAUACGCCGAGGCACGCGGUUUUCAGGUUCGAACGGACGUCUCGUCGAAUUUUAGUCCCUGUGAAAUCGUAUAUUUCUCCUUCGGCGACUCGUAGGGAACUAGUGACUAGAAAAAGGGAGGAGGAGAACCUUUUGGAAAGAAAAUUUCGAGAAGAAACGAACGACUAAUCGACCUACUCGAGAGUCAAGGCUGAAGAAAAACCGGCAGGGAAUCGUCUCUUCAAGCCCCCCCCCCUCUCUCUCUCUCCCCCUCCCCCCCCCCCUCUCUCUCUCUCUCACCCACCCACGCACACACGUUCGUUCAAUUGCGAGGGGAUGAAAGUGCUACGAGUAUUUCAUUCUUGUCCUACAUACUAAAGAAGAAUCCUAAAGGAGAUAAUAGAGAUGAAUAUACCGAAGAGCGAUGGCCUUCUGUCGGUGGUUUUGCCUUCCGAAAUUCCAUCUUCGGCCAGUUCGCAACAGCUCUUUAUAAAUCAGGACCAACAGGACGAGGAAGCUUCGGACUGUCCACUCUUGACGCCAAGUCCACCUCCGGCCGUGCAGAUAAAUAAUUCUCUCGAAUCGGCGGCGCCUAUGUACAGGCCUCUCGAAGGAGCACCUUUGGAAAUGAUAGCAACGCCAACGCUCGAAAAUAUUAACGAGGAGGACGGGCUCAAUGCGUUCAUGAAUCUCGUAAACAGUUCGUCUAAACCUCUUCACGAUGAACCGAGUUCGCGCGAUCCGAUGGUGGAAUCGAGCACGAGCGGUAGCAGUAGUGACACGAACGAGCCGGUUUGCGCUCAAUUACUUACACAGCUGAAUACCGCUUAUCAACAUUUAGCACCAGACGCUCAAGCUCUAUUUUACAAUCAGGAGAACGGUGGGAAGCCACCGCUCGUUGGAAUACAACUGGUCGUGCCAAAAUCUCCGAAAGAUUAUCGAUUUAUGAAAUGGAACUGGCCACUGAUAAGAAAAACUUGUUUUUGGUCGUUGAUGUCGAUCCUGACUGGAUGUACUGCUCUUGUCAUAGGCGUCCUCGCGACGAUGCCUAAAAAAUGCGAUCCUUCGAUAGAGUGGUGGCAAGGAAACGUCUUCUACGAGAUCUUUCCAGCUUCCUUUCAAGAUUCCUCAAAAGGCGGCGACGGUAUCGGCGAUUUGCGUGGUAUCACGAUGCGAUUGGAUUACCUAAAGAGACUCGGCGUUCGUGGAAUUCGUCUAAACUCGAUAUUCCCGGCGCCGCACUAUCCGGAAUAUUAUUCGGACAUCAGCAAUAUGACGGAUAUAAACGUGAAUCUCGGUACGUUGAAGGACUUUGAAAAACUCCUAAAUGAGAUACAUCGUAGAAACAUGAGCCUUAUCCUCGAUCUACCGCUUUAUCCGUACGCGAAGACGCUUCAAGGUGAGGAAAUGGCCACGAACAGGACGAACAAAGAGAUCCGCGAAAGAAGAGACCUGAUCGAGAAUUCGAUGCUCGAGGAUAUGGUUACGGCGACGACGACGACGACGACGACGACGACACCGUCGAUUAAAAAUAUUGGAAAUACUUUGUCGGUGAUUAGCAGUACUCUAGGACCGUUCGAAGAACCAAGAGCUCUACCAGUCGUUUCAUCGGAUUCGAUCGUUAAUGAACGUUCGAUCGGUUCGGCCAUUAAAACGUGGAUCGAUAGAGGCGUCGAUGGAUUUUAUUUGAAGGGUCUCGAACGUUACGUUCACGAAAGCAGUUUUCCCGAUAUCAUAAAGCAUUGGAGGUCUCUGCUUGGGCCUCGAAAGAUACUCAUUUGUCACGUCGACGCGCUUAACGCUGCGAUGCACUUCGAGGCAUCCAAAAAGACGAUACUUACGAGAAUAGAUCUGAUCGACGUCACAUUACGCGUAUCCAAUGGUACCGAGGACAUAAAGGCUCAAGUGGAAACUAUAACGAAAGGUAUACUUUUCGAGAAAGCAUCUUACCCGUGGGUACAUUGGUCCGUUGGUGGCGUUGAUUCGAGAAGAAUUGCUUCCAGUAUCGACGUCAAGAACGCUUCUAUGGCUGUCUCUCUUUUGGCCUUGAUGCUUCCUGGAACACCCAGUAUAUUUUACGGGGACGAGAUAGGUAUAAUGGAUUGCGAGUGCGAGGAUCAUCAGGAUCUGGCACAUUUGCAUAAUCUCGCGCCGAUGUAUUGGGAGAAGAAGGACGGAUUGGAUGACAAGUUUGCGUCGGUCGGUGUCACUGCCUGGUUGCCCGAGGCUUCGAAACCAUUAGAAACCAGUCUGAUCGGGACGAUCGGCGAGAUUAUUAAACUGAGAUCUAACACCCCGACGAUUUACGUUAAAGCUAUUUCUAAGGAUAGCGAUGUCAUGGCCAACUGUGAUAUUAGGUACACGAAGGAUGAGAUAAUCGUGAUAGAGCGUUGGUAUCCACGGAGAAAUUCGUACGUAUUUGUCGCUAAUCUCGGCAAUGCGUCCAAACAGAAGGAUUUGUCGUCUCUUUAUUACGGUGGUCACGUUGUCGUCGGGCCAGCCAAUAGAUUGAAUCAAGACGUUUUCUUCAAGGAACUGAACGUUCCACCUGGCGAGGCUUUCGUCAUCAAAUUGGACAAGUGAAAGGAAGCUUUUAAGCGAGCUUGAAAGUUGAAGAAGAAACAUUUAUGAAAUCAAUCAAUCAACAUUCAUGUCUGAGUCAUAUUUUUUGUUUUUUUUUUCGGUGACACGUCUAGUGCCAAUCGUGAUGUAUUAUCCUACGGAAGGAGUUUCAUACUCCUUGUGGUGCAAGGUGCGCGCCGUAAAUAGUUCAAGUUCCUCUUUAUGAUUGUAGAUAAAAGAGAUUCGCGUUUUCUUACAACUCGACAA